GGUCCAAAGUAGGCAUGGAAAAAGAGGAGGAGAAGGAGAAGAAGUUCAGUUUUAAUGAGUCCGAGCACGAGAACCGGUCUCCAUUGCUCGUGUUCCUCAUUUUUGGAGCUCUAUUGGAACUUGGUGUUGUGUUUGAUAUCAGGACAGACACAUACACAAGUGUUUUCAGACAUACAACACAGCCAUUGGUGUCCUUGGGAGGGUAAACAAGUGUCUAAGUGAAAGUCAUUCUGAGGCCUACGAUGAAAUGGUGAUGAUUGGUGCAGUGUUUCUUUAAAUCUUUCCAUUUCGCUCAAUAAAAAAGGUUCCGUUUGCCCUUGUUGGUGAAAGUCCAAAAACCGCAACUUCGUUUCUGCUCAGAUCUAGAGUGGCACAAGUUCGGUGCUAAGGCAGUGGGAUGAUCUCCUCCACCAAACUGUGAUUGAAACCGAGCCCGAAAUCGUUUUUUCCCACCACAACCAAUCUUCACUUGACAGGGUGAAAGAGGCCCGACUUUCAUCCAACAGACAGAGAUGUCUUCUGCUUACCUCAACUUGGUCACGACAUAAGAGCACAUUAUGGAGCCUCUCGUGAUCACCGAAGCUGGUGAUCACCGCUUCAAACACCAAGAGGAGUCCCUUUUCUCACCCGACACCAAUGAGUUCCUUCAUUUGGAGCGCACCCUUCAGAUCCGGGAGCACAGUGAUAAAUUUCCCGGAGAUGGGCCCGGAUUCAAAGACGGGUCGGAUGGGGAAAGCUUGGACCGGCUGUCCGGAAACACGUCGCUCUCCGGGGACAACAUGAGUUGUGGACGGAUGUCCUCGAACUCGUCCCUGAACGGUGACAUCUCGUCUUCAUCGGGGCGUGUGUCCUUCCGGAGAGUGGAGCUUUCGUACGAGGAGUCGGCAGAAGAAGUUGAACUGGCCAAGAAACAAUUCCAAUCCGAACUGGAAUUCAAACUCGAAGAGAGAAAGAAAUCUAUUGACGCGGGCGGAGAUGGAGAGACUGCCCUUCAGCUGAUGGAAAGGCGUCAGCUGCGUCAGUUCUCCCGAGCUGAUGAAUAUUUGUACGCCAUGAAGGAGGAUCUCUCGGAGUGGUUCAACAUGCUCUACCCCGGCAUCGAUAUCGAUGCCGAUAACUUCAUGGAUCGUUUAGAGACCGGAGAACACUUGAUUAGGCAUGCCAAUUCCGUUCGAGCUAAAGCUGUGGAGCUUAUGGAGCUGAUCGCCGAGGGCAAGACCAAGCAGAAACCGCCCACUUUCCACUUCCCGGAGAGCGAUCUGCCGUGCCGUUGGAGUGUUCAACCCGGCACUUGGUUCGCCCGUGACAACGUCUACAACUUUAUCAAGUUCUGUCGAAUUCUUGGAGUGAUGCAAUGUGUGAUGUUCGAGACGGAAGAUUUAGUGUGCCGGAAGAAUGAGAAGCACGUGAUUCUGACGAUCCUGGAGGUGGCGAGACGCGGGGCGAAAAUUGGCAUGUUGGCCCCCAUGCUAGUACAAUUUGAACAAGAGAUCGAUCGCGAGAUUGCCAGGGAAGAGCGUGAAAGGAAGCGAGAGGAAAGAAAGGAAGAGGAACGAAGGAAGAAGAAAGAGGAACACGAACAGCAACAACAACAAGCCCAUUCUGCAUCAUCGACAGCUGCGGCGGCUGCGGCCCUGGCCUCAGCCGCCAUGCACACUGCGGACAUGUACAACAGUUUGGCCGUGGAAAUUGACGAAGACCGAGAGAUGGCCGAUGUUGAGGACAAUGAGGAGGAGGAGGAGGAUCCCUUUAGCCAUGACGAGGUCAUUACCGAGAGUGAGACUGAAGAGGAAGAAGAGGAAGAAGAUGAGGACUACGCAUUUCCGAUCGGACCUUUACCCCAAAUGGUGACGAAUGACCUCAAGAGCCUCGACGAGAUGGUUCGCGAGUUGGUUUCCGAAUGUCAGUGUCCCACUCAGUUUCCCAUGAUUCGAGUGUCCGAAGGAAAAUACAGGAUUGGAGAUACCAAGGUUCUAAUAUUUGUCAGGAUUUUGCGGAACCAUGUCAUGGUUCGAGUCGGUGGUGGUUGGGACACUUUACAACAUUACUUGGACAAGCACGACCCCUGUCGAUGUCGAGCAGGUCACAAGGGCAGUGUGGGAGCCAGCUACACCAUGGCAAAGAAUGGCAAGAAUUCGUUGGGUGGAGCCAUCUGUUAUGACAGAAAUGAAUUGAUCUUUGCAUUCCGCAAAACCUCCGAACCUGUCCAUCGAAUGAUAUCUCACUUUGCCAUUAACAAUAAUAGGUCCGACUCGCCUGGCACACCAACAAGGCGUUCCUCUACUUCCAAUCUAGCCGUGGUGGGUGGAAUGGGCAGUCGCCGCAACUCAAAUUCAACCAUUUCUCCUUCACCCCGCCCCUCUAUUCAAGAUGGUUACGCUUCCCCCAGGGGUAGUACGCCCCACGUGUUUGGCACGAAAUCACCAGGUGGUAACAAAUUUGCCGUCAAAACUGGCCUCGGUAGAAGUGAGAGCCCGUCUGCGGUGAAUUACGGGAAAAGUGCCGCAAGCUCCCUCACAAGUAAUAGCACUGGUGGCAGUGGCCAUGGUGGUGGGAGCGUUGGAAGCACAGCCACUCGAUCUCGUAGCUUGAUCAAGUCAUCUGGCUCGGAUCUAAGUCUCGGAGGUGGUGGGAAAAUCUCACGAGAGAACAGCAGACAAUCCAUUGCCACUUCCACAUCACUCCAAAACAAAAACCUCGUCUCAAGAGGAUCAUCUUCUUUAUUCUCUGAGCGGAGCAACUCCUCAAGCAGUUUGGGAGGCCAUCAUUCCCCUCGUGUGGGUCGUGAAGGAUUGUCCAGAGAGGCCACUGGUGGUCCCCUUUCAAAUUGUGACAGUAGCUCAGAGGUCUCAGACGAGGGUUACAAAUCUAGCCACGGAGGUUCCAAAGUCGGUGAGGGAGCCUCGAUAUCCCACAUAGAGAGCAAUAGUCAGCAAUCAAGUCAAGUCGAUCAAAACAUGACAGAUCGACCCGAAUCUAGUCUGACCGUGGCCUCCGAAUGUAGUUCCACCAUUUCCAGCUCUGAUUCAGAGCAUGGAGCGAAUUCUGUUUCACCAGCUUCAGAGAGCGCUCUGGCCUCUCCGGAACCCUCAACUAACCAAAUAUUGGCUGAUGACUCAGAGCCGUGGCCAGAGCCCCCAGAGCCUUUACAAACUGCUGUCCCCCAGUCUGUAACCAACCCCAUCAAUAGCAAUGGGAAGAUGAAGUAUAUGCAAGCGGCUGAAGCUUAUACUGCGUCGGCGCGAGCCGCUAGGCAAGGACGCACAGUAUCACGGUCAAGUAGCCGACAAAGUCAGGUCACACCCACGGGUCGAGGAACGUGGAGCGCCCGAACGAGUCGGGAACGUGUCGGCUUAACCACGGACACUUACAAGAGCCCAUAUGGUGGUGUGCGAACCGCCUCUGCCUCUCCAGGGCCAAAUCGCCGCCAAAGGAAGAUCAGCACUUCGUCUUCAAAUCAAGACAUUCCGGGUAAUAAAUCCAAGGGUCAGUCAAAACCUCGCGAGACUCCGUUGUCCACUCAAUCCACUCCAAGUAAGAGGCCAGAUGGAAGUGCCAGAAGAUCAUCAAGGGAAAUAACGGCAGAGUUGGAAACGGACGAUGAUGCCAUCCUUAAGCGCAUGGAAGAGAUCCUCAUGACUUAUAAAUCAAAAGUGGAAGACCACUUGGCCGCAGAAGGACGCGAGCUGCCCAGCGACAUCUUUGAGGAUUUUACGACUCAAUGGGUGAACGAGGCUUCGCAUUUAAAUCAUACUAUCAAGGGUAACAAGUCCCGAAGCUCAAGUAGUCAACGAGGAUACUCACCUGUGAAUGGUUCACAAGAUUUGAUACCCACUCCCGAAGAUCAUUCUAGAUCAUCAACCCCUGUGAUCAGGACUUUACCAGUUUGGCGGAAAGAGUACCGAGAUGGCCAACCUGAAACAAAAAUCCCAGUUCCAACCUUCUACAAUAGUCCUAUUCCCAGUGAAACCAAUAUUUGAUCAUCACUCUCCAAUCUUGCAUGGUUCAGGGGUGUUUGAUUCGUACUAAAAUAUGAUUUAAUUGCUCCUAUCCAAAAAAUAGUUCAUCAAAUUUAGCUUUGCUCUGACUUGCCCGUUAUUCCCUUUCCUUCUGAAUGAUUUUUUGACACAUCGUAAAUGGAUCAAAUUUUGUUUGAAAAUGGAACCUUGGUAUUGAUAACCAAUCUACUUACAGAUGUUUGAUUGACAGUUGUGAAUUGCGUACAGUGGCAUUUUUCUCCAACGAGCAGGAUAAGGAAAAACAUUUAACUUGGAAUAUGGAAUUGAUCCAGUUGAUUAGACUGGCUGUGAUAGUACACACAGUAAACACCUAUUUUUCUGUAUUGAUAUCUUCAAAUAAUAAAACUGAUCUUAUGAAUUGCCA